AUGCUUGAGAUUUUGAAUGAUAUAUACGCUAAUCCUGAAAAGAUCGGGGCCAAAAACUUGGUUGAUUGGUUCAUGACCAAUGGUGGCAAGGAGCCGAGACACAGGUAUCAAGCCGAAGUGGUCAACCAUUUCUGCCACUCAAACGAGCUUCAAGAACUACAGUCCAACAGCUCCAAUCUGUCAUCAAGAAAGUCUUGUCUUAUUGAUGAUAGAACCAGUAAUGGCAUAGUUUCAACCAGCAAUGGCAACCGGAAGCCUCUGACUUCCCACGGGAUGUAUGCCAGACUCGUGGAAAAAAGAUUCCACGAGCCGCCAUCUAACGGGGGCUUCAAAAAGCCCAACACAGACCGUAGACUGGUAGGCAUGCAGGUCGACCCCUUUACCACCGGUAAACACGAUGCUGAUCUACCAAUUUUAAAUCCCGACGACUACUUCCUGAUCUCUCUUCAAUGCCAAUUGCUUGUGUUUAAGCAGAGAGUAGAAACAUAUGUUGAUGAAUUUGACUUUGCAUUGGCCAGUAAAGAAUCUCAGCAGCCACUGGCCUGGCUUCGACAUGCAAGACGCAAGUUGACCGAGCUUGUCGUAUGCUUGGAGACAACCAUCGACUGCUGGGAUAACUUCACUUACCCGGACCAUAUGCAAACACGCUAUGGACGUCAGUCAAUGGUGGCUAUUGAGCAGACUUUCGCGGAGGUGAGGAACUGCUUGAAAGAAUUAUACAACAUUCGCACGCUGUGCGAUGAGCAUGAGAGAACGCUGAAUCUCCAUAACAUCAACGAACAAUACAGGAUUUCCCGAAUGCAGGCCCAAGUUGCUGAAAGUUGUGUCGCCCAUCACCCUCGCGGCGGCAAUACUCUCUAUGCAGGAGGAGGCGAUCCCUGA